GAAACGGUAGCGGAAUUAUGAAAGAAUCGGGUGAAUAAAAGCACACGGCUAACGAACUGUAAAUACGCGCUAUCUUCCCCAUCGACGGGGCUCAACAGGCAACAGCUGAUUAAAACGCUCUUUCUUUUAGAAGCCACAAAGAGAGGGCCAAACGCGCUAAGAGAGAGUUAAAGAGUGAAAGCUGACGAAAACGGAGCACAAACAUGAACAGCGAUGAGGUGCAACUGAUCAAGAAGACCUGGGAAAUCCCCGUGGCAACACCCACAGACUCUGGAGCGGCGAUACUGACGCAGUUCUUCAACCGCUAUCCGUCCAACCUGGAGAAGUUCCCCUUCCGCGAUGUCCCACUGGAGGAGCUAAGUGGAAACGCUCGCUUCCGAGCGCAUGCCGGCAGGAUCAUCCGAGUCUUUGACGAGUCCAUUCAGGUUCUGGGACAGGAUGGCGAUCUGGAGAAGCUGGACGAGAUCUGGACCAAGGUGGCCGUUAGUCAUAUUCCGCGGACCAUUACCAAGGAGUCGUACAAUCAACUGAAAGGCGUUAUCCUGGAGGUGCUGACCGCCGCCUGCAGUCUGGACGAGAGUCAAGCGGCCACGUGGGCCAAGUUGGUGGACCAUGUCUACGGCAUCAUAUUUAAGGCGAUCGACGAUGACGGCAAUGCCAAGUAGAUGGGGCACCAGCAGAUGAGGCAGCAGAUGGGGCUACCGAUUCCGAUGAUUCUGAGGAUUCCGAGGAGGCAACUGAUGCCGGUGGAGGCAAUUGCAACACAUGCACAGCUUAUGUAGUUCUAAGUAAUUGAUAAAUGUUAGCUAUUCUCGUUUUGUAAUAAUGAAUGCGAUUGUCCAAGCAAAAAACACACACACAGUGAAAACUUAUGUAUGUCUGCGUAGAGCUACUCACACACGCGCACACCCCACCCACACACACACACACGCACUUGCAUUACUCUGUAAAGCUUUAACCCAUUGUCAGCCUUAAGCACUUGAUAACAAACGAAUAAAUGAAUUCAG